AUGGAAAAAUUUGAAGCGCCGGACUCGGAACAGCUCGAUUUUCAUCAUGAAACCGAGACACGCAGCUGCGACAGCUUAUUACCGCAAGACCUGCAAAAAUGCUACGAGAUAAUCUGUGGCACGAAUAAAAGAUUGGAGUUGGAACUUGAAAAUGUUGGUCUAGGAGGACUCCGGGAGGAAUAUGACAAGGACCUACGAGGAUGGAAGAAAGAGGCACAGAAACUCGGCAACAGUAAACCUGGGACGAGGAAGAUGGCGUUUAUUGGAAGAACUGGAGCUGGAAAAAGCACAGCCAUGAAUGCAAUACUAGUUGCAACUGUCGAGCUUCAAACUAAUUUUGACUCGCAGGGGGCAUGUACUUCUGUCCAGACGGAAGUAUGUUAUGAAGACUUGCCUCCUUCAACAUGGAGAGCAAGCAUCAAAUUCGUUGAAAAAGAUGAAUGGAAAAAAACUCUAUUAAACAUACUGGACGACCUGGAUGUGUAUGGCGCUUCGAACAAGGGGUAUGGUAUUCACGAUGAUAGUCGGCCUGCGAUGGAUGCAUGGGAGACGUUGAAACAGGAAAGUCAUAAUUAUUUUUUCGGUACUAUCACGUGGGUGUAUCCUCACCUUCGUGCGCUAUCAUUCCCCCCACCUCAACAAAAUAUUCGUGUACUUCUUGAGGAUGAGUUCAUAGCAACCAAGCUCGGAACUGAAAUUCAGAGGAACGGUCUCCGACCCUAUAUGAGUGCGAACACGAAGGUUGUGGAAGGAAAACCAUUGGAGUGGCAUCUAGUACACAGUGUUCGUAUUUAUGGAGCAUUCGAUGUACUUGCAUCUGGUGCAGUUAUGCUAGUGGAUGUCCCUGGUUAUGGAGAUGCAAACAAAACGAGAACUAGGCGGACGGAGGAAUACCUCAAAAGUGCUGAAGUCGUUAUAUUAGUGGCAGACAUCAAGCGGGCAGCUGAUGACCAGGCCAUGCGUGACUACUUCGUAAAUUUUUUGCAUCAAAUGAUCCGGAUAGACGGAAGCAUGGAGUCAUUUAUGAUCGUUCUUACUGGCACGGAUGUGCGAAUCGAUGAGGACCAGCUGCAUAAUCUAGACUCAAAUCAACGAAGCAUAAUCCAGCAAAUGCAUCAGGAGAUCGACAAACUCAGCGACAACCUAGAUAGGCAAGAAAAACAACUAGGCAUACUCCGUAUGGAGAUCGACAAAACUCGGAGUUGCGAUGGGGCGGGAAUUGAUAUUGAAUUACUGAAGCGAGAAUGGUGUGAUGGAAAAAUGCACAAACGGACAGCUGAUCAAUUGCAACGGGCAACAGCUGCCAAAAACGCAUACAUCGCACACCAACGAUCUUCUCAUGUACGAGAAGUCUUUAUACAGCUCUACCGUCAAAUAUACUGCAAUAUUAAUGAACAGAACUCUGCCUGCGAACCCCCUCCGCUACCCGUGUUUUGUAUUGGAAGCACGGAUUUCAACCAACUUACGGGAGCGAAUAUACGAAACAGAGCCCCUUUGGUUUUUACCACGGCUGAAGAUACUGGUAUUCCACAUUUGCGUCGGCAUAUUCAUGAUUUUGGUCGCAGGAAUACACUGUCCGAUAUCAAGACCCACGUACAUAACUGCACUUUGCUAUGGGAAGAAAUCGAGAGUUUCUUCCUUUCUGCAAGGUCGGAUUUGAGGCUCAUAGCCUAUGAGAAUGUGGCAAGAGAUUUGGCAGAUGGCCUCAAAGAGGCUGUUGAUGAGAUUCGCAAGAAUUCAGGAGGCAAGAUGGACGAGACUAUCAAUGAGCUGGAGAAGGCUCUUCAAAUUCAAGCCGAGAAGGUAGCUAAGCGCAGUCUCAAUAUCGUCAAGACACUCGGAGCAGGAUACCGAUGGCACAGCUAUCGUGCACUCAUGCGCCGAGAAGGUGAAUGGGGAUCCAUAGACCUCAACGAGGACCUCGUGCAUGGCAUGUUAGAUGGUGCCGUCUCAAGUGUGUGGCAUAAUUUUUUCACUGACUUCGUCCGGUCGGAACUACAGUCGCUCAUUGUGGCAGUCUCAAGUAAGACGGACUCAGCUAUUCUAGCAAUCAAAAACCGAGCCCAACGAAUGACAACGAUCGCUCCACGCAUCAAUAACGCAUGCAAUCUCAUUCAUCCUCGCGACAUCAUAAAUCCUGCACGAGAGGCAUAUUUGUCAGCCAUUUUAGCAAUGCAGAGAGAGUUCUGCGGAACAUUCAAGGGUCUGCUCCGUAAGGAGCUGGAGGACCAUUACCAGUGUAUGGCAAGUGAGUCUGGUCCGGGAAUGUACAGACGUAUGAAGGACCUAAACGAGGAGCGAUUCAGUCCAGAACGUGCUCAGGAGCUUUUUGCCGGACUCGUCAAUCAAGUUAUAACAGCGAUCCGUAUAGCGAGAAACAAGGGCGAGACGGCACUCGACGAGGCACUGGGUCGGUUGUAUUUAAGCAUCAAUCGCUCGCUUGUCUGCGUGCAAGGAAACGAUCAGAUAAGCAAAGUUAAACGAAGACAUAUGCAGAAAUUCCUCCAAGAAGAGUGCAGCAAGCCGCUCGCAGAGGUAAUGACCAUCACAGAGCUGACGGCCCACGGGGAUAAAGCACUCGACCGGUUAUAUUCACACAUCAAGCGCCCUCUUGGCUGCAUUCAGAAAGGCGAUAAAAUGACCAAAGUUGCUCGGAAGAAGAUGCGGAUGUUCCUUAAAGAAGAGUAUAGCAAACCGCUGGUAGAGGUGAAAAUCAUCGCGGAUAGGUGUAAAGAGCGCAACGCGGCACCGAUCGACUCGGAGGUGACAGCUAAUGAUUUUUGA